GAUUGGUGGACAGGGACAGAUCAGAAAUCAGAAAUCAGAUGCAGAAUUUGGGACUUCACUUGCAGACUUGACAACAUUAUGGGUUUCUCAUCCAUUGUCGAAAUUAGUAUUUAGUAAUGUUUUAUAGUUUUACAAUUUAACUACAACUUAGAUUCUUUGCUCGGAAUAAUUUUGCAAUAUUCUAUGAUGGCCACUGCUAUUCAGAAGAAUGGGAUGAAGUCACUGCCAAACGGAGCUGUCAACCAUCUUGUAAUGGAACAUCAAUAUCUCAUAAAAGAAUCACAAGUUCAGCCACAGACAAAAACAGAAGACCAACAAAUGCAGAACGAAGCGUUGCAAACUCAUAAUGAAAGUGAAGUGAAUUGUGAGGAACAAGAACCUGAACCGGAAAUAGACAUUGUUAUAAACAACGUGGUGUGUAGCUUUAGUGUUCGGUGUCAUUUGAACCUUCGACAAAUAGCUCUUUCUGGUGUCAAUGUGGAGUAUAGGCGGGAGCACGGGAUGGUGACGAUGAAGCUACGCAAACCAUAUACUACAGCCUCUAUCUGGUCGUCCGGCAAGAUAACUUGUACCGGAGCGACCAGUGAGGACCAGUCUCAUGUAGCGGCACGACGGUUCGCGCGGAGAUUGCAGAAGCUAGGCUUCAACACCAGAUUCGCCAACUUCCGCAUUGUCAAUGUCCUCGGCACGUGUUCUAUGCCGUUCGCUAUCAAGAUAAAUGCAUUUUCCGAGUACCACAAACCUCAAGCCGAAUACGAGCCUGAACUUCACCCAGGAGUUACGUUCAAGCUGAAACAGCCAAAAGCAACACUUAAAAUAUUUUCUACAGGGAGCAUAACUGUGACAGCACCUUCAGUGAGCGACGUACAGCAAGCUAUCGAGUACAUCUAUCCUCUAGUCUACCAGUUCCGCAAGGAGCGGACAAAAGAAGACGAGCUGCUGUUGCAGCAGAAACGUAUGCAGGGGCUGAAACGGAAAGCCGCAGCAGUUGCCGAGAGUGAAGACGAUACCGAGGGCAAUGAUGACAGCGACUGUGAAUAAACUGACUGACUUGAUUAGUUUAAUCGUUCGGUGCGUAAACCUAUAUUACAAAGUUACUAUAUUUAUUAGUUUUCCUACAAACAGACUAGUGUCUUAUCAAGUUUUGUUGUACCAAAGACUAAAGUGUGACUGGCAGGUUUGUUGGAACAAAGCAAUAAUUGGAUUAUUGAAUCGUCUCUAUUGGUUAAGUUGAGACUGUGGAUCCCUGUGUAUUUUUUUAUUGUCACUUGUGUAAUUUAAAUUACUGGUUACAUUCAAUACAUGGAUAGCGUAUUUGGUUAUUAAUUCUAUGAAACAGCAAUAAACAAGGUGUUUUCAUAAGUAAUCAAUGUAUUUUACAUUUCAAGUUUAUUUGAAUAGAAUGAUAUCUUCAGUUUAAGUUGCCUUAGUGAUAGUAAUCCGUGAAUUAUAGUGAUUGACUCGGUGGCUUUGAGCCCACUUUAAUUUGUUGGUCUCUCUUUGUGUUGGAGAUCUAUUUUACUUAAAAUCUAUAUAAUAAUUCAACUCCAUUUUUUUCUAUUUUCCAUUUUUUUGCAUUUGGCUUUAAACUAAGAAUGAUUUUAAAAAAUCUUUUCGAAAUAAUAUCACUGAUGCAUUACUAGAAAAAUAAGUAUGAGUAAAUCUAUUUUCUUCAAAAAUAAAACUUUGAUCUUCAAAAGAAGCCAAUUAUUGUAGUACCUAAUAUCUAAAUUUACAUUAAGUUUUGCAUCAAUUUUUUGUCCCACCUUCACAUCCUAGGCUCUAGCCCGGUAUCAAUUUUCACAUUACUUCAGGCUAGGCCAAGAGGUUGCGGCAUUAUCCUUUGGAAAAAAUCCGCUGGUGAUUAGUGGGAUUUGAACCUGGGGCCUCAGGGACUGAAGUCGCAAACUUAUAUCUAAACCAGCUCGCUACCCAAGUUUUGCCACAAUGAGAUCCACAGUUCUCACCAUGAACAAAAGUGUGAUUCAGAUCACUUUGUUACAUUCUCCAACUGUCAAAUAUGAAAUUACAAUAUUGACUGUUAUAAGUCUUCAACAUUCUUUAACCCUGUUUUAGUUUAUGUUUGUAUUUUCCUAUUAUGUGUUGUAGCAACUUUUUUUAUUACUUUAGCGUUAUCUCACCGAAAAUAGGAGACUAGGUUAAGUUCUUUUAUUUAUUUAAUUACUGUCCUGUUUGUACAUUGUAUGGUUGACUGUUUCCGCUGUGAUGAUUGUGUUUUCAUGUCCAUAAUUACGUGUAAACAGUUUUUCAUUGUUAUUUUAUGUGUUAGUCCGAUCAACAUAUUGAUAACAGUGCACCUUAUCAUUCUCAUUGACAUCAAUUUAAGAUCAUUAAACAUCUGAAUUUGAGGGAAUCUGUAAAGGUGGUUAGGCCCAUAGUUUUAGCUGUUUAUUUAAUUUUCAUUAAUAUUGAUUUGUCCAAGCACAACUAAUUUGGUUCAGCUCAAAAUCUUAAAUUGUUUUUGUUACAGGAAAUAGUUUCUAACUUCUUUUUUCAUAUUGUCAAUCUAUGUUUAGAAGUAGAUUGAAAAUAAUUAGAACCCUUUAAGGAAGUGGUAGGUAAUAUUUUGUAUGGUCCAAAAUGCAUAAUUUUUUGUUAGGAAAUAAAAAAUAAAAAAAUAGAGUUCAGAUAGCUGACCUGAAAAAGUUCCAGGAGGUAAUGGAUAUAGGUACAAGAAAUGGUUACAUAACCUAACACUAAUAUUUUGUCCUAGAAUAGGUUGAAGGGGACAUUUUUCCCCUGACCCAAACAUUUUGUGUUUUACCUAACUCAACUUCUAUUCAUUACUCUUUGUAACAAAAUGCCUUUCUUCUUUCUUUCCCUCUUAACAUGAUCAGAGUUAUUUUUUUGUUUUGAAGUCGACUAAGUUCACGAUUUACACUGGCAAAGUCAUAAUGUAAUACAAUGUAAAAGUUAUUGUUUUAAAUUUUACUGGUGUUUUAAAUACAAAUAUAUUUAUAUUUUUAACAAUGAACUGAUGUACAUUAUAACUGUUUAGUAUAUUUUUAGUGUUUAAUUUUCACUCGUUAUAUCACAUGAAAUUAUUGUAUUAAAUUGUUCGCUUAAAUACUUACUAUUGUUUUUCUCAUUUCUAGAAGGGUGUUUAUCAGUUGUAUGUUUUGUGGUUAGUGUUGAAUAUAAUUAUGAUAAAGACGUCAUUAAAAGAUUAUUGUUGUCUUCAGUAAUGUUCUGUAAUUUUUUGUGCAGAAUCGGUCUGUUUUACUCACAUAAUGCUGUAUUCUAACCAAUAAUUUAACUAUGUGGAUAAGAUCCAAUAAGGAAAGUCUUAUACAACUUUGAAUAUCAAAAUAAAUGUUAUUAGCUGCACAAAUAAUUAUUUGUUGGAUAUAAUAGUCCAAUUUUUGGAGAUACAUUUUUCAUAGUUUUAAUGUAACCUCUAUGAUAAUUAAUAUUUUAAUCUUUAAGUUUAUUUUCCAAAAAGUGUUAUCGGCAUUUAACCAAAAAGUUUUCUAACAGGUUUGAACGGUGAGAGUUUUAAAAGUGUACUUUCAGUUUGAAUGAAUGAACAAUGCUUUCUUUAAAGUGGUUUUAGCUUUUAAAACCUAACACCGUGGUGUAGUUAGAGUUGUAAAUGUAUUUGAAUUAACGAACGAAGUGAUGUAAUUUCUGGAAAAGACUUACUGGUUAGAAAAAUGUCUCUAUUUUCUGUUUUCACAACGAUCCGAGAAAACUGUUGGUUACAUGCUUAUUACAAAAUCUAGGCUGACUUUGUCAUUGUGGAGAAAAUGGUCAGUAUUAUUCAAGUAAUUGUCAAAAUACAAUAAUAUAAAUAGCAUGGAAGCUAUUAUUUUGCCUCUUCAGUCACUAAACUGUAACCAUCAAAACUAUUUUUUCUUCAGAGAAUCAUGUUAAUUGUUGUGUCUAGUCUGCCUUUUCAACAACAAUGUAAUACAAUACGAGCAGAUAUCUCCUGGUAGAAUCAAAAUGUAAACAAGCAGGUCAGAAAUAACCAAUACUUACUUACUGCCGUGGCUCUAAAAAUCACAGUUAAUUCUUCGCCGUGUGUACACACACUCUUCCACCCUUAUCUGUAUUCUACUAACUUGACAUUUGCACCUAUCAUCCUGAUGUCCAAUACUUGGUCAGUCCAUCUCAAUUUCGGCCUUCUAAUGGACGCUUACCAAUAAUAAUGAAUAAUUGAUCUUACACAGGGUGGCCACCGGACUCCUUGAAAAAAUGCACACUUUUUCCCGGCAGCAAAACCUGGUUUUCCUGAGCAUGAUUUUUGGUCGACAAGUGUAGCUUAUACUAAAGGUCUGUGUGGGAACUUCAUACUUUCAGUUCAAUCUGGGCCAUCUAUUUGUCUAAGUAAUCGGUACAGCCACAAAUAAUUAUCAGGCCAAGUGUUUUUGAAGAUAACAAAUUUACGGUUUUGCCGCAAUCGUGGGAGAUGAUGUUGACCACAGAACAUGUUCACGAUAUCACCACGGCCGCAGACAAUGAUCACGGUUUCUCCUUGACCACAAAAAAUGUUCUAUGUUUUAUUGUAACUGUGGGAAGACGUUCUCGUUUUUGCCAUAACCGCAGAAGAUGUUCUCAAUUGUAACAAGACCGUCGAAGACAAAAUUGACGAUUUUGUAGCAAUUGUGGGAGAUGAUUAUUGUGUUGCUAUUACUGCAGACGAUGUUCUCGAUUUUGCCGUGGCUGUGGAAGGUGUUCACAAUUUUGCUAUGAUCGCAGAACGAGUUCUCGAUUUUGCCAUAACUGUAGAUGUUGUUAAGUUUUGACGUGACCUCGGAAGAUGUUCACGAUUUCACCAUGACUGCAGACUAAUAUCAGGUUGUGCAUAGUGAGUCGGUGGCUCAGUCGGUAGCGUCGCGGACUUUGGGCCCAAGGCAGCGAUGUCGUGGGUUCGGAUCCUGGUCCCUGCCGAUAACAUUUUAUUAGUACAGUUCACCUUUGUACUGUACCGGCUCACUCCUUGCUUUGCUGUUAACGAUCCAAGCACGGGCGCUUAGUCUAUGUGGACAGGCAAAUGCAAGGUUAAAAGAGGCCGCCAACCUCUUUUUUUAAAACUAAAACCUAAAUAGUUUUCAGGAUUUCUGAUCUGUGGCCCCCUGUUACACAGCAAGGGUGGUUAGUAUACAUCAGCCAUUUCAAAGUGUAGUAUAUCGAUUUGAUUGAAGCUCUAAAUAAUGUUUUGCUUUCAUCCCGUUUUGAUUUAUCAGUUUUGAAAUUGAACCCCCUUAAAAAAAAACUCCCUUUGACAUUAGCAGCUAAUUGUGAAAAGCACAGCUUUCUAGAUUGCCUAUAAUAUGAUAAGUGACAUUCUCAUACUUACUGACAUCUGGGGAACAUAGGGGUAGAUUUUAAUUGAGUGUUGCAUUUUUCUCUAGGUUCUAAAAUGAACCUUGCAAAAUUAUUGUCCUAAGUAUCUGCUUCUUGGUGAAUUAAAGUUUUGGAUCUUGUUUUUAUCUAACUUUCCCUAAAUUUCUUGUUUAAAGUAAAUUUAGGAAAAUACCUCAGUUGCACAGAUACUCUCUUGUUCCUCUAAAGGCUUACAGUUGAAAUAAUUUUGUGUAUUGUAUUGUGUCAAAAAUGUCUAUAGCCUAACUAGUUCGUUAAUUCUAAUAUGUGAAUAUGGAAGGUAGUUAUAGGUAAAUGAUAUAUAUUUUAAAAUGGUAAAAUGUCAAUAAGAAAGAAAAGUAAAACUCUUUGUACAAGAUUUACUGUCAGGCUUCUUCCAUUAAAUGUUUUAGUGUUAUUAUUUGUUUUAUAUUUAGUCUAAUCAUAAUUUUUUCUUUGAAAUUAAACAUUUGACUAAAAGUUGUGUGUAAUGUAAACUGAAGCGUUGUUCAGUAGUUGAAAAAGACAACAGGUAGAACGGUGGCCAGGUACAAUAUUUGUGGUUUGGUCUAAGAGGUCUGUAGAUGUUUGUACAGGAAAUCAUAAUCAAACAGCUUUUAGUGUGGGAAACGGACUAUCACACCGUUAUUUCCAAGAAAAAAUCUAGUUGUUUCUAGUGAUAUAAUAAUCAUUAUCAAUUGAAAUUGAAAUGUGAAUUUUUGCUAGGUGCGAAUUUUAACCCAAAUAUGAAUGAAUAAUGGUGUGAGAUGCCUAUGUAGCUUUGUUACUAACUAAGACCAUCAGUUUCAUAAGACAGGACCAUUUUAUUCAAUCAAGAAUUAUAGAGCCCCCAUGGUCAUGUUUUUGUAAAUAAUGACUGCUACCUUAAUGAUCCUGGAAACUAAAACACAUUCCUCUUUGACCUCAAUAGAAAAAAAUUUGAUCCUCCUAAAUAAGAACUUAAAAUAUUUAUAUAUAAGCUACCUUGUUUUUGCAGAAGACUUCUUAAUAACAUUUUCUGAAAGAACAAAGGCUUAAACAAAAAAACAAGUAACUUAAAAAUAGACAAAAUCACUUGUCACUGUGCUUGUUACUUUUAUGUGGCUAUGUAGCAAAUUACAUUAAUAAAUUUUAUCUCAGAAAUAUCAAAAAUUACAUAUGUAUACUACAAAUACUCUAAAAUUAGGUACCGUAAUCACUUGAGCGCUAUGAAGCAUAUUAAUUUUUGUGCUGCAAAGGCAAAUUACAUUCAUACUAAAAUAAGUAAAUUAAAGUGUGAACUCAAACUGUAUUAAUAACUUUUAUCUAACAUGUAUUUAUUUUGUACUUCUUUUUAGAAAAUUGCUGUAUUCAACAUUUUCACCACAAGUGUAACAUCAAACUGUUAAUAUCCAUUCUUCCAUUCACCCCAAUGAGCUAGAAAUACUACUGGGGGUAGCACUGACAUAGCAACUCUGCUAGAAAAUCGAGACGCAUAAUUUUAUUGUGUUUAUAGAGUUUUACUAACUAGGGGAUUCAGCACAUUAUCUUAUGGCUUUAGAUACAAUCCCCUGGUUCAAAUAUAAUACGUAGAAUGUACUUUAUCCCCUAGUAUGGUGGCAAUGUCUUGUGGUUCUUUCAUUCAGUACUACCUGCAGUUAGUUGUAUCAUAGAUAAAACAUACUCCCUUAGUAGAUGUCAACCUUGUGGAACAGUUGAAGCCAAUUUUAUUGUUAGUUCUGUACGUCCAACUGUAGAGGUCGUGUUUUGUUUAAAUUUUUUUUCUUGUUAUUUCAGUCAUUUAAAACCUCAUUUUACCAAAAAAAAAGGAUAUAAUCAUAAAUUAUAACUGAUCUCCUAGUUGUAUAACCAUUUUUUUUCCUAGGACGCUAGGAGCAAGCCUGGGAUUGUUUUUCACAUUACUUCAGGCUAGACCUAAGGGUUGCGGCAUAAUCACUUAGAUAAAAUCCAUUGGUGACUUGGCGGGGAUCGAACCCAGGACCAAAGGGACUGAAGUCCUGCGCUCUAACCACUACGCCAGCUCGCUCCCCUAUAUGUAUAACAAUAUAGUAAAGCACAAAUCAUGAAAAUAACCCUAAAAUAAUAGAAACAAAAUUUGGUCUACCCCAGCGGUCAGUGUGGACGUACAUGAACUAGACACGAAAAACAAGCUUCAAAAUUUACAAUGGGAUGAGGAGUCUACUUUUGUUGCUUACUCUAUGGUUGUAUCUCUAGCUCAGUAAUUCAACCUCUUUGACUUGACUGGUGCGACUAAUUUACUCUAGGUCUUGGAUGGCAGUGUAAUUAUUUUUUUGGUGCUUUCAUUGAUCUUUUAGGACUUCCACAUUUAUAGGACAUCCUCCAACAUUCAGAAUUUAGUUAAUUAGAAUUAAACUGUACAUAAUAAACUAUUGUAAAUAAUAAAGGCUGCACACGUCUUGACAAUGUCCAAAUGAGCAAUGAAUUUCUGGAGAUUAAUUCUCUUAAAUACCAGAUUGUAGAAAAUGAGAGAUAUAUUCCGUGCUAAAUGGAACAAUAACAGAUUCUAUUUUCUUAUUGCACAAUAUUUUACUCCAAGUCAUAGCAACAAUGUGGUCGUCAUAGCAACAACCACAAAAUAUUUACUCUAGAAUGUAAGACAAAUUACAGGUCAUCGGUUGCAAUAAGGGACUGUUUUAUGAUGAAAAUAAGAUCUGCCUUAAUUAGGACUAGUAACUCAGCCCCAAUGUGUGUCAGUGUUGUUUAUAGUUUGUGAUACUGUUUGUAAUGAUUUUUAAAAAAUACUGUAAAAACAUUGUAGCAAUAUUGCAAAUAAUGUGGAAAUUCAAAUUGUGUUUACCAAAUACAAUCAUUGUGAAAAAGAU